UGACUGGAAAGUGAAAGUAGAGUCUAGUUGGGAAGGGAAACAACAACACUACGCUACACUAACACACACACACACACACACACACAUAUACACACAUAUACACGCACACACACACCGCAUACACGGAAGGAGCACACACUUCUUAUUUCUCUUACAUGCUUUUAAGAGCUGGAGACAACCAAAGCUGAAGCUUCGCCUCACUAUGGCGCUGUGGAUGCAGAUUUCCCAGAAGCUCCCUUAUUUUACCAAUGAGACCCUUGUGGAGCUCUAUCCCACAGAUACUUUCCCCAUAGACGUCAGGCACUACCUGGCCAGCUGGAUCGAGGAGCAGAGAUGGGAGGACUUUGACGUCAACAACUUGGAGCAGGAACCACAGGCUCUCCAGCUGCUGGAGCGAAUGGUGGAGCUUCUGCAGGAAGUGGUGUUCCAAAACCCCAAUGUGGUGGAAAAGGUCAAGCUCCAGCACAUCUGCAGAAACAUGGGCAUGUUUCAGUCACAGCCUUUGUUACUGGUGAGGACAGUGAGAGAUAUUCUGAGGAAAGAGCGAAAACUGCUUCAACAGAUCUUUCCACAAAUGCCUGCACCAGUGAAUGGUACACAACAGCGCUCCAGAGAAGCCAGCAGCCAUGAUGUGGACAACCUGGUGCUGAAGGUGCUGGAGAUUCAGGGCUGUCGUCAGCAAAUUCACCAGCUCCAGGAAGAGCUCAACUGGGAAAAGCAAGAAGCAGAGCCCAUGCAGGGCCAGAGUGAGAUGGAGGUAAAACAGCCAGAUCAGGUCACCAAACAGAAUCGCAUAGCACAGCUGGAGUGGAAAUAUCAAGGCUUUACGAAGACGCGUCUGCAGCUGCUGCAGGAGGCAGUGUGUAAUCUGGAGCAGUGUCAAACUCGGCUCAUCCACCGUAUUAAGUCUUGGCGCUGGGAGCAGCUCCGCUCCACCAUUGGACGUGGCUUCGAUGAAAAUCUCCUCCCUUUGCAGACAUGGUGUGAACAGUUGCUGGGAGUGAAUGGUAAUUUGAGACAGGAGCUGAUGUUGGUCAAAAGGGAGCAUGGAAGUGGCGAACACAUUCACAACCUAGAAGAAAACCUGAACCGCCUUCUGCAAACUCUCAUCCAAAGCUCCUUGGUGGUGGAGAAGCAGCCCCCUCAAGUGAUUAAGACGCAAUCCAAGUUCUCCAGCACUGUGCGUUAUCUUCUGGGAGAGAAAGUGGCUCCUGGGAAGCCAGUGCUCCUGAAGGCACAGAUCAUCACCGAGUCACAGGCCAGAAACAUAGGACAAGGGCUUAUACCAAAUGAGAACGUAGGAGACCUGAUUAACAGCACAGCCAUCUUAGAACACAACACAACCAGCAAGAGCACAUGUGCGACUUUCAGGAAUAUGUCCAUCAGGAAGAUCAAGCGUGCAGACAGGAAGGGCUCGGAGUCAGUAACAGAGGAGAAGUUUGCUUUGCUUUUCACUACAGAGAUAACCAUCACAGGCUGUGACAGUCCUUAUAGUGUCCAGGUGAUCUCACUUCCCGUUGUCGUAAUCGUACAUGGCAGUCAGGAGAACAAUGCUAUGGCCACCAUCAUUUGGGAUUGUGCGUUCUCUGAACCUAACAGGAUUCCGUUCGUGGUGCCUGAUCGAGUUCCCUGGAGUCAGAUGUCUGAGGCUCUGAGCUGUAAGUUCAUGUCCGAGGUGCAGACCACACAUGCGUUAGACAGAUGCAACUUACACUGCCUCGCUCAGAAGAUCUUUGACAAGCCCGAUAUUUCAGAGGACUUCAGCAACACGCCCGUUUCCUGGGCUCAGUUCAACAAGGAAGUUCUUCCUGGGCGAAACUUCACCUUCUGGCAGUGGUUUGAGGGAGUGAUUGAUCUGACCAAAAAAUGCCUAAAGGCCUACUGGAGUGAUGGACUCAUCCUUGGCUUUAUUGGGAAGCAGCACCUUCACAUCAUUUUGCAGGACCAACCCAGUGGCACGUUUCUGCUGCGCUUCAGUGACUCUGAAAUCGGAGGCAUCACCAUCGCCUAUGUCGGCCUCAGUGAUUCUGGAUGCAGGAAAAUCCAGAACAUCCAACCAUUCACUAAAAAAGACCUGGAUUCUGUCGGCCUUGGUGACCGUAUUCGUGACAUUGGCCUGAUAUCACAAGUAUAUUCACAUGCAGCGGGACGACCUGCACGACUAAUGCCAAAGAAUGAAGCAUUUAAGAAAUAUUAUACAGUUCCCUCUGGGCCACACCCGGAUGGAUACCUGCCCUUCAAACUCACCACUGUGGUGGAUCAGGAGCAUGGAGCUGUCAUGAUACCUCAGCCUGAAUCAAUACAGGAAUCAUUCUGCAUGUCCCAGGAUUCAAUGUUUAAUAUGCAAACUCCUGUCUCUCUCCCCUCGACUCCGUUUGCUUCCCCAUAUCCUGACGCUCCCAUGCCCAACCAAGGAGAAAUGUACCCUUCUCUCCUCUACAGCAAUAGCAUGGAUUUUAUUUACCAACAAUAAAAAAAAACAGCUGCAAAUAUCAGAUUUGGUAAGUUGGAACCCCUUUUUGUUAUCAGGACACCAGAAGCACCAAGUAACAUGGAGCUGGAGGAAAUUCUCUCCAAUUUGAACACUCAGUUAUGAUAUGAAAGACUGCAGCCUGCAGCAGAAGCCCCGCGCAGAACCAGAAGCAGAGCAUUAUGUGCAAAAACACACGCUAACAUGCUUUGGGGCAUAGAAUGAAAUAGAAAGCUCCCUGGGGAUGGAACUUGUCUCAUCUUUGUUGUAUCAAGGAUAUCCAGUGGUCCGCUACACUAAGGAUGUACAGAACAGUGCACACGCUUUUGCCUGAACUUUAUUUAUCACAUCCGUGAUAUUUAAGUUUGGGUUAUACACGCAGGCUUAAAGGCACGUUUAAGAUGAUAUUUCCAUUAAAAGAGUAAAUAAAUAUUAAAUGAAAAUGAAUUGGGCUUAACAAUAGCCUAUGGUAAAUGUGGAAGUGAAUAAUGAAGCCUAAUGGCUGCUUUCUGUUGUCCGCACUGGGCGUGUACGUUGUUUACUUCUCUUUUGUACAAUCUGGCCAGUGGUGUGACUUAUAAAUGAAAACUCAAAAUAUUGCUUAGAGUACCUUUAAGCCUGUAAAUGGUGUAAUGGUAAAAACUGAGGACAAGCCUUCUAUGCUUCUUAUUUCUUUUGCCUAAUAGGAAGGAAAUUACACAUUCAGCUCAGCUUGCACAGUUCCUGACAUAUGCCAGACUCCCUUAAAGCCACAGUGAGGAAUUUGUAAUGUCAUCUUUCAUAGUGUUUACAAAAAAAGGGCUAAAUCAGAAUUUAUAUUUCACUGGCUAUUGGUUUUUGAAUUCAUUUACAUUUGGCAGACACUCUUACAAAAUGUGCAAUACAAAGGACUUGAAGAAUCUGUACGAAUUCACAGUCUGAAAGGUCAGAGACUAAUGCCGGUUUAUACAUGUGCGAGAGUGAUUUGAAAAACUACUAUUGCUAAAGGUUUGCAUGUGUUCAAAAUUGAUAACACUCCAAAAAACAUGAGGAUUUUGCUGUUCAUCCACAUACACACACACACCACUAAAUAUUACCAUGGUAAAGUUGUAUAUUCAGUAUUCAUCACUCACAUUCACAUAAUAACAUUAUAAAUAUUACACAGUAAUAUUAUAAAUCUAUUUAAAAUAUUAUACAGUACACAGUAAUAUUUUAAAUGGACUUCUCAAACUUGUUGUAGCCAGGGAUCCAUUACAGUAUACAAAAAAAAAUAUCUACAGACCUCAUUAUGAUCAAAGUGAAGAUUUAUUCUUUAUACCUCAUUCAGUUAAGCUAGUGUGCCAUCAUUUGCACUGACCUAGCAUUCACCUAGUUUUAAAAUUGCAGUUGGAUUCAAAUAAAACUGCUAAACUUGUUUUUGAGUUUUUAUGGUUUUGUUUUAAUCAGGCUUCUAAUGGAUAAUAACAUUAUAAUAAUUAUAAUAAUUUCAAUGACUUUAAUCAUGGUCAUUUAUAAUAAAACAUUGCAGACCUAGCUAUACUUUAUAAUUUGCCUUUUUUUUCUUUAAACACGUCUACAGUCUUAUUUUGCAUCUCACUGUCUUUAAGGUGUGUUAUAGUUGAUGCACAAUUAUUCAAUUAUUCAUGUAUGGAAAUUCAGUUUCACUUUUAUGCUUCUGGAAGUGUCUAUCAAGAAAAAUAAGCACACGCAAAAAUGUGUCACCAGUUGACAUCAUUUAGGCAAGAAUUUUUAGAAAAUCACCCGCAAUAAGCUUACUAACUACACAUGCAGCUGAUUCUGUUCUAAUUAAAUCAGGGCAUACAAAGCAGAAAUACAAAACAGUUCUAUCUAUGAAUAUUAGAAAAAUCAGUGUUCGUCUUCCACUUGUCUAAUAUAAAAUUCCUGACUGUGGCUUUAAGCAAGCAUUCAUUCCUCUCAUUCCUCUUUGGCAUGGAUGUACCAUGUCAUAGUAAAAGGGCUUUCAUGAUUUUCACAUUGAGAGAGCAGCUAAGCAGCUUGAUCCUAAAAGGUAUUCAGAGGCACUAAGCUUCAUAGAGCUGGUAGUCAGAGUAACUCUGAUCUUGGUGCUCCUGGAAUGGCUCCUACACCAGUGAGGUGGAUGUUUGUCUGGUGGUCUGGGAAAACCCUUUGGAUGUCUGGAAAACAGACAGAAAUGAUAAUGAAAAAUUGUGUUUCCAGCAAAAUUUGGUUUUUCUGCCAGUAUAAUACUUUGACGUAUCUUCUUUAAAGAAACAAAUAUAUUUUACCAAAACGAUGUGGAAAUGUUUUAUUUAGGGUACUUUCCAUCCUUGCCUUGGUGUCUGCCUGAAGAGAUCAUUCUGGGUAAGGAGUCAGUUUAACAAACAUAGUGGUAAAUGCAGUCAGUCUGCUAAAGAUGUCUAAAACCCUGCUAGCUAUGGGUCAUUUCCUCACACAAUGAAUGUCACGCUUUGAUCAAGUCGUUAUAUAGCUACAUGCCGAAAUGAACCAGACAUAAGCCUAAUCACUUGAUUUUGUAAUCAGAUUCCAGCUGUCAAAAUGUCUGUGACGCUCCUGCGCCAUCAAGUCAUCAUCAAAACAGAGAAGAGCACUUACACACUCUGUACAAAAGAUGACAGCGGACAAAGUAAAAAUGUUUAAAUGGCCUACAAGACAUUAAUAACAAAACGGAACUCAACCAAUCAGUGAUAUUUUAACCACUGAUGUUAGCGUGAAGAGAGAUCGAUGUGGAUAAUGCUCAUAAUCAAAUUGAGAUACCUAAUGUCCUGUUGUAAACGUGUAAUUCUUUACAAUUUGUCAGUAAUAAUUGUCCAUGGAGCAGAAUCUUUAAAUGCAGUUUUCUAAAAAGAGAAGAGAGAAGAGAAGAGAAAUAUAUUUGUUUACAGAACUACAUAUAGCAGAAUAUGUGAAGGGUUUUCCCAGGUCACCACACAUAUAAAAUGGUAUUCUUCAGUUUGAGAGUUGGUAGUCUUUAAUUCAUCUUCAGUCUUUGUCUUUAAUUCAUCACCUCCAUUCAGUCAAAAAAAAAAGGCUUUAAUUCUAGACAGCAGUGUAAAAUCUGAUGCAGUUCCUGCACUCUCUGUCCUCUAACACACUUUCCAUUGUGGUUUUGAUUCCUUACUAUAAAUCAUUCCUCUUCAGGAUAUUUGUAAUAUCCAGUAUUCACAAAGUUCUACUCUGCGAAUAUAAUAAAAUUCACUCAUAAUAAAAGUGACAGUAUAUGAGCAGGUAUAAUCUAUGCAGUAGCUCUAUACAACUUAUCUGUAUUUUUAUCAUUCCUGUCUUUAUAAAGGGAUUUAUGUAAGAAAUGUUAAUAAGCUUGGACUUGUUCAUUCAUGGGCUAGACUCUUAAUAACCCAAGUCUUCAAGGUGCAUGUUCUGUCUUACACGCAUACACGUGUGUUUCAUAUUAAGGGGACCUUUAAUCAUAAUGCAGUGUUUUACGUGUAGCCUUUAGUUUGUCCUUUUUAAAAUUUUCUGUUAUUAUUACUAAAUCUGAAAUAAUCAUGUGCUUUCUGCUAUGAAAUGUGAUAUUGCCAUGUAAUAAUACUGUUUGGUUUUUGUUUGUUUGUUUUUUUUUUUUUUUUUGUAAAAUAUUCUUUUGUGCCAUGAGUGAUUUGUAAAGAGGAAGCGUGGAGUCAAAAUGAAAUGCAAAUAAAUAUACAACGAUGCUAGCCUUCCAUAAUGAGACACACUGCAGUUGCCUUAAAUUGCUCCCAAAUUCUUCCCACUCAUACAUUUGUGUUUUUAUGGAACAAAAGUUGUGUAUUAAAAAAAUAAUAAAAUGUUCCUUGAUCAAAUGUAACUCAAACUAA